UCCCGGCUGAGUUGAUUACUCCGCUACCACCGACAUUUUGGGUCGUCACGUAUAAGGAGGAUACACGCGUUUGUACACCACUCUCACCAUGAAUGCCUGUCUCCCAUGUCGGAAGGUAAAGAUGAAAUGCCGGCUGAGCAGCCAGCCGGCUUCUAAAUGCGAACGUUGCGCGCGGAAGUCCCUUGAUUGCGUGUUCCAGCAACAUCGCAGAGGUCGAAAGCCUGGAACGAAAAUCUCUAAGCGGAAAGCCAUUGAGUUGCCUUCAACAGAUGCGGCCGCCAAGAAGACGCCGGACUACAGCAGAGGCACUCCAUCCGUCGCAGCGAGCGGAUCAGCUGGAGAUCCUGGUAAUUUGCAGCCAUCAGGUGUACUCAACCAAGAAGCAAUGAGAGGCAAAUUUUCGCUGCGACGCAUAUUAAGCACCACGGAUGGCGAUGCGCUGGAGCCGCCCGAAAAGCCUCUGCCAGCUCGCCUGGAAGAUCCAAUAGAACUGAGCAUAUUGAAUCUCUCUAUGGCCAAAUCUCUUUUCGAAAACUUCAUAACUCUUCUGAAUCCAUACAUCAGCCAGCUUGAUCCUCAUUUACACACUUUCGACUACGUUCGCAAAUCAUCGUUUCUUUUCACAGCAGUUCUUGCUAUGUCUGCAAAGACAUUCAACCCCAUCGUGUAUAAUGCAUUAUAUGACCAUGCGCAGGACCUCUAUACCGAAAGCUUUAGGAACGGUACCAAGUCGACCGAGAUUGUUCAAGCCAUUCUCAUUCUCACCUAUUGGAAGCAGCCGCAGGACACACGAGCUUGGACUUCGCUUGGAUAUGCAAUUCGUAUGUGCAUGGAUAUGGGAUGGCAUAAGUUAACAGCAUAUUCAGCAGCCAGCCGGACUAAUGUGGAUGAGACAAGGCGACGAGAAGUUCGUAACGUCGAAAGAACAUGGUUAGUCUUAUUUGUGUACGAUCGAAGUAUCAGCCUUCAGACAGGACGGCCCUGGAUGAUUGAGCGCAGUCCGUUUAUAGAGUCAAUCGAGGCCUGGUGCCGCGAUCCAAUAGCCGACCGAAACGAUGAUUUGCUCGGUGCAUUUGUUACAUUAAGGCUAAUGGUCUCAUCAAUAUUUUCUUUGCACGCUACCAAUUCUCGACGGGGUGAAAAGAUACCAUCAGAGAAUUUAGAACCUCUGCUUUCCAUUAAAAAAGCUAGCAUCGAGAGAUGGGAGCGUCAUUGGAUUCAAAAUGUCGAACAAAAGCAAUCGUCAGAAGAGGAGAAUUGCCAUGAAUUCUUAAUCCGUUUUUAUGGGACGCAUUUUCGAUUGCAGCUCUUCUCUUUGCCAUUGCAAGACGUAUUGUCGUCAGAGUAUUCAGAUUCAUCGCUCCAUUUGGACAUCAUUUGGGCCGCAUUCACAGGCGCCAUGGAUAUGUUGAAGUUGACAUCGCGCCAUCCAUCAUUGUUAUAUUUCGCUCAAGAUUCGAUUCAUGUCAUGACUGCUUAUAGUGCGGCUUUCCUCGUCAAGCUUCUCUUAUCUGCUCCCGAUAUAAUUGUCCAGGAUAUAGAAUCCACCGUGGUAGAUACUAUUCGUGCUGCUGCUCAAGCAUUUUCCCAAGGCGGGGCAACUUCUGGGACAAGCUGCGAGCUACAAGCAAGAUUUCUUAAUAAUAUCGCCACCAAGCUUUCCCAGCGGAGGAGGAAUGAUGCUCCAGCGCUACCAAAUCUUCCAAACAUGGAUAACCAUGCAAGCACUAAUCACAAUGAGCUGGAUUCAACCAGGUUUUCUUUUCUGCCUCUAGAAACCAGCCAAUUCGUGCCGCAGUCCCUUGAACAACCCAACCCCGACGUAUUUAUAUUCCAUCCUGCUGACCUUGACCCCUUUUUUACAGACGACUGCGCAUGGGCAGAUAUAAUGUCAAGUACUGCUUUUAACACUCAAAAUAAUGCAAUAUUAGCGUAAACAUUCCUUGUUCGCGAAAUAAGAACCCAUAUAUUGGCAAAGUUCUAC